AUGGCAUCUGCGCCAAAUUACUACGUGCUUGAUUUCUUUUACGAUGAUGAGGACAGUUGCGCCCUCACUAUCACUCGGAAUGCGGUCAGAUUCCAUGUCAUUGCUGACGCCAAACGUCUAAAGCAUAAAUCUGACGCGGAAGAUGGCCGGGAAUACUUUCAACAUCUGAAAAAUUUGCGAGAUUAUGAGCGACGUGAAGACGGGCAGACCUCAAUUGACAGUGGCGUCGAUGUGCAAAGCUUUCACACGACUGACUCCGUGUCCGAGCGGAGUGGAACGACUUGUGAAGAUGCCGAGGAGAAACUGCACAAAUGGAUGUUAGCACCCCUGUCUGUACGACUCAACGAUCUCGCUCCUGAGCCAUCACGGUCCGAUCAACACAUGCAGACUCUCGAGCAGUGGUACGCUUGUAAGACUCACUUUUUCGAACUCGAAAUUGACGACCAGACCCUUCGGGCCGUCGAAUUGGCAUCAUCAGAGGACCUCGAAGAACGGAUGACGAAACUCAGACCACACCUCGCGCCUAUACCAAAAUACAUUAGCAACAUUGACGUGCCUUGGUACUCUUCCGCCGACCUCACGGUCCUAGAAUGUGCGGACACACCAGGACCGUACCACCCGUGUCUUGUAAAGCACCACCAAAGCGGUGAACAGAUGUUUUUCAAGACAGUCGACAACAACAACACCCAGCCCAUAAAGCGAGAGAUUGAAAUUCUGGACAAGAUAGAAAGGAAAGGACUAAGACAAAAGUUUAAUUGUCCGAAGCUCUUGGGGAUCGUCACAUGCGCCACGCCCACUCAAGCUGAGGAGAACAGCAGGAGCUCCAUCAUGGGCUUCCUACAGACAGCAAUUAAUCAACCAACGCCGCUGACCGUAAAAUUUGACUCGGCAGUACCUCAAGAUACAAGAGACGCCUGGGCUCGGAAAGUAGACGAAACGAAGAAGGUUUUGCACGAAAACGGCAUUAUCUGGGGAGAUGCCAAAGCGGACAAUUUCAUAGCGGACGCGGAAGAUAAUCUGUGGAUUAUAGAUUUUGGCGGCAGCUAUACCGAGGGCUGGGUUGACCCCGAGAUCGCAGAAACAAAAAAGGGGGACAACAUGGGAGUGGAAAAAAUAGUCAAUGCCUUGAGAGACCCCGACGAAAACGUUGCUGGCAGCGAACCCAGCGAAGAUGACGAGGAUGCGAGAGUCGCAUCGGAAAUUGGCCAGACAAAGAAGCGGGUGAUCGGAUCUCACGGCACACGCGAUGGGAAGAGGCGCAAGACGGGUUCGUCUAAAAAGGUCCAGAAGGAAGAGGAAGAUAGAUAUUGUUAUUGUGGGGGCAUAAGUUCUGGACAGAUGAUAGGCUGCGAUGGCCAGGACUGCGAGAUGGAAUGGUUUCAUGUCGAGUGUACUGAAAUCACGGCCCUGCCCGCAAAGGAGGAAGCCUGGUAUUGCAACCUUUGUCAAGCAUAG